AUGCGUAUAUUUUUGCUGCUUUUUUAUUCGUAUCGUCGGAUUGCUAAGAUUUUCAUUCGUUCCCAAUCAUUUCUUUACUUUCUUUGUUAUUUUUUUUUUUUUUUUUGCUUUUUCUUCCUGUGGAUUAUUUAUGCAAUUUCCCUUUUUCAUUCUUUCUUAUUUUCUCCUUGGCUGUUUGCUCUCUUCCAUUCUCGUUUAUGCCUUUUCUCUCGUGCAAUCGAGCUCUUUUUUUCACUAAUCCUCCUAUUGCUUUUUUUUACUUUUUUUCUUUUGUUAUCUUUGUUUUUCUUUCCUUUUAUUUUUCUUUCUCUUUCUCUUUUGCUUUCUCUAUUCUUUCUCUUUCCGUUCCCGUUCUCUCUUUCCGUUCCUUUUCUCUUUCCGUUUCUUUCCUUUUCUCUUUUCUUUCCUUUUCUCUUUCUCUUUCUCUUUCCGUUCCCUUUAUCUUUCCGUUCUCUUUCUCUUUCCGUUCUCUUUUCGUUCUCUUUCUCGUUUGCUUUCUCUUUUCUUUCUCUUUCCGUUCUCUUUUUCUUUCCCAUUCCCUUUCCCUUUCUCUUUUCUUUCCCUUUCUCUUUCUCUUUCCGUUCCCUUUAUCUUUUCGUUCUCUUUCUCUUUUCGUUCUCUUUCUCUUUCCUUUUCUCUUUUUCUUUCCCUUUCUCUUUUUCUUUCCCUUUCUCUUUUUUGUUUUCUCUUUUCUCUUUUUUGUUUUCUCUUUUCUUUCCUUCCCUUCCUUGA